AUGCUAAAAAAAGUGUGCGUACUGUCGAGAGCUGUGCAGAACGUCAUUCAAAUAGCACCUGGCAGAUGUCUCGAUAGUGCACGUGUCUGUCGUCAGGCGCGCGAGAAGUUCUCGCACUUGAACUGCGAGGGCGGGACCCUAUCGCGGCAACGCACCUCUACUCUGUACCGCACCCGUAUGAGAGGCCUUGCGCCGACUCUGGUAGUAGCUCUGCGACGAGCCGGGCAAGCAAGUCAUUGCGAGCUGGACAAAAGCACCGACGCGUCUUUUUUGGGCAGAGCGACAUCUAUGGACGCUUCGGUGGCCGCGCCGCGUUUACAAAUACGGCCGGACCGGUUCUGCGCCCAUAGUCGCCUCAACAUACUUCUUUGCUGCUGGCGCUGCUGUCGCCUUGAACAGGACGGGACAGAUCAGAUGCUUUCGUUCCGGAGCGACACGCACUCGCGGCAGGGCUUCAGACACAAUGUCGUACAGUUUACAGCCUGGUUCCAGGCCCACGGCGUUGCCCGUGCCUUCGUCGAUCCUGCUGGCAAAGAUGAAUAA